GCAACGCUAUCAUUAAGAUCCUCUGAAAAUAGACUUGACCCCUAUCAACUUCACUCUCACUCCUCUUAAGUCACCGCCGCAGCAGCAGCGAUUAACUUAACGAACCUCCAUGGCCCACCUCAAGCAAUCUAACCGCCGUCGCUCCUCCUCCUCCUCCUUAUGCCACCGACACCCUUCCGCCAAACCGUCCAGCGGUUUCUGCGCUUCCUGCCUCCGCGAACGCCUCGUCACCAUAGAGGCCGAAUCUUCUUCUUCCCCAGCCGCCUUUCAACCCCCCGAGCUCCGUCGCAUCCGGUCCCACUCCGUUCGGAACGCAUCCGCCGCAGCAUCCGUCUCGGAGAAGCCGCGGCGGAGAUCCUGCGACAACGCCAGGUCAAGCGCGAGCUCUCUCCAGAACCUCUUCGUCGACGACGACGACGGCGGCGAGAAACGGCUCGGUCUCUCGAAUCGAAAGCCUCUGGUCCCCGAUUUGAAAGAGGAGGAGGAAGAAGAAGAUAUCAAAGGUUUUGAUGAUAUCAAAGAGAGUGGAGAAGAGCAGGAGAAGACGAUGAAGGAGUUUAUAGAUCUGGAUUGGGGAAGCCAGAUCAAGAAGAGCAACGACCUCGCGUCGAUCUGGAGCAGGAAGCUGAAGAGAUUCUCACUGAGCCAUCAUCAUCAUCAUCAUCACAAGGAGAGGAGAGAAGAAGACGAGGAUAAACUCCCGGGGCGUCGCUCGUGUGAUGUGGAUGAUCCUAGAUUGUCUAGGAUCUCGUUCGAGAAGCCUAGGGCGUCUUGGGAUGGAUGUUUGAUCGAGAAAUCAUAUAGCAAGCCGUCGCUGCCAUUGGAAACCUUCCCGGAGAAGAAAGAAGAAGAAGAAGAGGAGGAGAAGAGUCCAGGCGGGACGGUUCAAACGAGGAACUAUUACUGUCGAAGAAGAAGCUUUGAUCGAUCGAGUUCGAUCAAGAGAUCGCUCGAGGUUGAUGAGUUGAAAGCUAUCUCCAACGCCAAGGUAUCACCUGAGACUGUUGGUUUGUUUCAUGGCGCUAAGGUGUUGGUUACGGAGAAGGAGCUUAGGGAUUCGAAUUGGUAUUCUAUUAAAAAUCACAAACCAGAGAGUAGAGAGUUAGGCUCUAAAGGAAAGAUUUGUGUAGCUGCUAGUAAUAAUAAUGUAGAGCUGAAGAAACCUAAAAAGAAAUGGGCAAAGGGAUGGAACCUCUGGGGACUGAUACAGAGGAAGAACAAGGAAACCAAAACCGAGCAGUGUUUGAAACUCGAAGGAAAUGCGGUCGAGGGUUCGUUGGCUGAGUCUUUGCUAAAGCUUAGGAGAGUAUCUAAAGGAGAAACCAAUGGUGGUGUUAGUGAGAAGCUUCUCAAAAGCUACAGUGUGAGCGCGAGAAAGUCCUGCGAUGGUGUGUAUACUAACACUGUUAGCGGCUUUGAAGGUGGAAGGAGCUCGUGUGAUGGUCUGUUUCAUGGAUCUAUUAACAGUGUUGAGGUUGGGAGAAGCUCAUGUGACGGAUUUGUUAACGGCAUUGAGGCCAAAGAAAGUCAUCAUCAUCUUCACCAGAGGAAAGCGAAUGAUGGCACUAGAGAAAACCUUGACAACAGUUUGUUAAGAUUGUAUUUGACUCCGGUAAGGAGCCAUAAGGCCAGCAAAUCCGGGAAGAGUAGGCUGAUGAGUUAAGUUUAAUCUGAGAUUUUGUUAACCCCAUGAAUACUCUGUGUAGUCAGCAACUAAUGUAUUUGUUAUUUUGGUUAAUAUAGAUAUGCCAACUAAAGAUCAUAUUGCCAUUA